AUGUCCACACAAGUGCUUUUUACCCCUUCAUUCCAGUUACCUGAUCAGCCUCUAGCCCUUCUUUCGUACCUGAAUUCCGGGCAGGUCACUCCAUUCCAAUUUUUCAAUGAAGUUAUCAUGCCCAUUUUUGUGUAUCAUGUAAAACAUUUUCCAACUGAAAUAGAUUAUGAAAAUCAGAAAAGCAGCAGCACCACCAACAGUGAAGAAGACUCUUCCUCUUGUAAUCUGCAAACAAUACUUCAGAAAAUCCAGAGUAAUCUCAUUUACAUAAAAAACGCGUAUGGCAGACUGAAGCAAUGGGAAGAUCAUGUCAACCGUGCUAUCAAAGAUUUAGCUCUUCAAAGCUUAAAUGGUGCCUUGAAAGAGAGAGCGGAGACACUCGAAAACAGCAGCAGAUCAAAUUUUCUUCACAAGCAGCUUAACGAAACUCUCAGCAUCACCUCCAGUUUAAAAAAGUUUCUCUCUCACCCUCCUCAUUUAUCUUCUGAGAGCUUAAAAUCCAUGGUGCGGGCAGAAUUCAACCUUCAUCAUUCCUUGGCAGAACAGAAAGAUGUGAACUUGCAAAACAUGACAGAAGAGAGUUCAGCUUUCAAAGAAACUGAGAAAGCCUAUGAAGGUCUAGAUGUAAAGCAGCGGAGCUGCUUCCUCUGCUUCUCAGUUUUCCCUGAAAAUGCUAUCAUAAAGAAGAAAGUUUUAGUCCAUUGGUGGGUUGGUGAGGAGGAGUCUAUAGAUGAGAAGAUGGCAAAUGAAUUCUUCAAGGAAUUUACAGAAAAAGGUCUCAUCAAGCCGGAAUACAAAAAGCGCAGACCAAGUGCUGACAGCUGCAGUAUGGACCCUGCUACUCGUUAUGCCGUGAUCGAGCUUGCAAAGAGAUAUGGGUUCUUCAAUUUCGAUGCGGAUCGAAAUCCUACCGAAGACUUUACUUGCUCUGGAAGAGCAUGCCUGGUAAAAACCGAAGAAGGUUCUUCUAUACUCAAAUUGCCAUGCCAUUUUAAACAGGAGAAAGUUCAAAGUAUGAUCAAUGUCAAUGAGCCCAAUCUUGACUUCAGACCAGACUGGUUCUCGAAGAUGAAAAACGUCAAAGUGUUGCAGCUUGGAAGAUGGCAGCGCUCUGCCGAACAUCUGAUUCAGGUAGAGGACAGCAGGUUCUUAAAAGGGUUGAAGAAUAUGAGACAUCUCCGGUACUUGAGUCUUCGAGGAGUCACUGGAAUUUCUGAGCUCCCGGCUGCAGUCUGCAAACUCAGCAAUCUGAGGAUCCUGAACCUCAACGGCUGUCUUCAUUUGGAGAAAAUUCCUCAAGGGAUAGGCUCACUCAAGAACCUGACACACUUAGAUAUGUACGAGUGCUACUUGAUGAGCCACAUGCCGAAAGAACUUGCUUCGCUCUCACAGCUCCAAGUGCUUAAGGGGUUUGUGAUUGGUGAGCCAAGGGCUGCAGGAGGUGGACGCCAGCCCUGUAAGCUGGCUGAUUUGUCAAGCUUGCAACAUCUAACAAAGUUGAGUAUCCAUGUAGACAAAAAGUUCAGCGCUGUGGAAAGAGAGCUGGUUUCUUUGGCAGAUUUUGAAAAGCUCCGGUCUUUAUCCAUAUCAUGGUCAACACUUUAUUGCCAACCUCCAACUCUCCAGAGGAGACUAACCAACAAGUUAGCCAGCCUCCCAAAAUUAAAAUCAGCAAAAUCAUUGCCUUCAACAACGCCGCCAGUUUCACGAUCACGUCUUGCUCUUUUGGAGAAACUUAACCUCCAUUACUUCCCUGGUUCUAAGAUUCCUGAUUGGUUGACGCAAUGGGAAUUAAAUAACCUAAAGAAGCUCCAAAUCAGUGAGGGAGGGCUCUCAGAUUUGCGUUACGGAAAUCAAUGCCGAUGGAACGUCAAAAUUUUACGCUUGAAGUACUUGGAAGAAUUGCAGAUGGAUUGGCCAAGCCUGCAAGAAUUGUUUCCAAAGAUGAAUUACUUGGAGAUAUUCGAUUGUCCUAAACUCAGUUCCAUGCCGUGCGAUAAUGAGCGUGUGUGGGUACAGGCAGGCUCAAAGCAAGCAGAAGCAUCGAACAGCAAUCAUCAUUAA